GGAACAUUUAGGAAGGUUGAAGACCAGACGAGCCGCUGUAUUCUGGAUGAGCUGCAGAGGUCGGAUGGCAUGUCUGUGGUAUUGGAGUGUAUGAGGAAUCGGCGCUCAGACGACCUGCAGAAUGCUCAGCAGAAGACAGACGGGGGUGAAACUUCCAAACAACCAAAUGGAAACACACCUGCAUCUCCCCAAGAGCCCUCAGAGGUGGAGCAGCUCCCACAGCAGGAAUCCAGUCCAGAACCAGAACCAGCGUGUCUUCCGCAGUCCCCAUCACGUUACAUGAGGCGUCUGCCCCCUCCUCCAGGCUUCUACCUACCCAAGGAGCACAGCUACGCUCAGCUCUGCCCCCUGCUGUGGAGGAGACGCUACGACCAGGCCAUAGACUGCUUGGAGAGAGCCUUACGACAGCUGCAUGCGGCCCGGCGGAGGGAGAACCGCCUGCGGAGCACCGUGCUGAGGCUGCGGGACAAACGGCUGAAGCACACUCUGCUCCUGUCACAAGAUGGUUCUAGAACCUGGGGGGAGAAGAGACUAGGCAAAGGAGGUUCUAACCAGGGGGGGGGAGAUGCUAAAUCUGAGGGCGUAGGGUUGUUUGAGGACAGAUGUGUGGAUCGGAUGGAGCAUUGUCUGCCAGACUCUAGCAGCUGCUCUGAGGAGGAGAAGGGAUUCUGCUUCUACUGUAGAAGAGGGCCGGAAGCACGCAGAGCUUCAAAGACUUCAAAUGAUGUGGAGCCUGCAGUGCAUGAGGACACGCUAAAAAUGAGGGACCGGGUAGAAACCAGUACGGCCGCAAACACUCCAAACAUACAGGAAAGACCACCUGGAAAAAGGGUAGAAAGUAGUGACUUAAAUGGAACAAAUCCCCAAGUCCUGCUCCAAACUCAAGGUGUCCAACAUGUGAUCCCUGGGAUGUCUCUGUCUGAUUUUCAUGAGCAACUGCUGCUCUCUGAAGGGGAGAGUGGGGCUCUGGGUGAGGAGGCUCCCCUCCAGCAGCUGUUCCUGAUACAGGGGGGGGGAGAGGGGCAGCUCCUCCUGGUGCCUGUCCCUGCUCAAGAUAAAAUACAGAGCUUUCUCAAGAUGGAGUGCGCUCCUGAUGAAGGGCAAGUUUCAGAACUGGAAGUGAAACAGCUGAUGGAGAGGGGGGGAGGCCAGCAUUCUGUCCUCAGCACCGAAACGGGGGAAGAUGUGAGGGAGAAACUUAAAGAACAUCUGGAGGGAUUUCACCUCCAGCUCAGCACAGACUUUAUAAACUGAAGGGAUGUUCUGAAUGAACACGACAAACCAUGCUGUUACAGUAAUCAUUCCUUUGUGCCACUCUUACAUUUACUGAAUGUGUAUUUCAGAGGCUGCACGGCUUUAUGGGCUUCUUCAGUUCUUCUUCUUUUGAAGGAUGAAUUGGUUGUUUCAUGUGCAGAGUGAAUAUAUCUGUUUGUGUUUCACAGCCUGGUGGUUCUUCUUCCUCCCAGCUCCAUUGUUGUUAUUCUUUAUGUGUUUGAGAGGAAGCCAAUGGAGUCAGAGUUGAGACAGUAGCUCUUUCAUUUGUUGACAACAAGAGGAAUGAUUAUUUAAUUUGCAAACUAAAAUCAAAAUAAAAACAAAAAUACAACUGGGAGAAGACUAACACAUGAACAUUUUAUGCAUGAAAUGACAAAUAUCUGAUGCUGAAACACAAGGACAGGUACACGUUCAGGUUUUGAAACAUGUUUCAGAUGCCUGGAAUAAGGUCUGUGGUUCACAUAAGCUGUCACCAUUUUCAUGUUUUAUUAUGAAA